AUGGAUUCGAACUUCUUUUUCUAUUGCUUAUCUAAAUUGAAAUUAGCCACUAGCUAUGGUAAAUCUUGUACGACAGAUAGUAAUUGUGAUGCAAACCAAAAAUGUAUCCAGAAAAGUUGUCGUUGUAAUCCGGAUACACGACGAUUUUGGACAGGAGAGACAUGUGUUAUUUGUGCUACAGGAUAUACUUUUACAGUUGAUAGAUGUUAUAAAUCAUUUAGUGAUGUAAAAACAUGGUCUGCAGCUAGAAAUCAUUGUCGAACUCAAUAUGCUGAUUUAUUUACAUGGCGUAACAAUAAUGAUGAACAGUUUAUUCGACCUAUUGCACAAAGCUGGACUCAUUUGGGCACUUUUCCAUCUAUGUGGGCAAUGCUGAUGUUAUCAGCACCAAAAAGCUACUACCUCGCAUGGGCAGGUGCUACUAUAACUUCAUUUCAGCCGUAUACUGUUAAAUGGAUGGAUCCUGAUGGAAUGAAGUUAGAAAGCACUAGCACACAAUGGUGUAAUUCACUGCAAUAUGAUGGUUAUUCAUUACCGACAGAACCAACUAAAGGUUCAAAUGGUACGGAACGUGAAGAAUGCGUUACAUACAAUUUCGGUGAUUCAAAGAAUAGUUUCCUUUGUUUAGCAGAUGAUUACUGCAGUCGGAAAUAUCCAUUUAUAUGUGAAAUGAAUGCUGCUAGUAUGAAAUUAGCUCAGACCACGCAAAACGAAAACAGUCAUGGAACACCGUCUGAAACAGGAACUGGAACAGGGACAGAGACAGGGACAGGAACAGAAACAGGUAGCAAUAUUAUUGAUUUCGAACAACCACCACCACCACCUCCGCCAACGAGCUCUGAACUCGAUACAGAAAAUCAUGAGUCACCAUCAGCUCUUAGUCAACAGUCGAGUAUUCUGUCGACAACAAAUAUAAUAAUAUUUAUUGGUGUCGGAGUACUUCUAAUUAUCGGAGCUGUCGCUGGAUAUAUAGUUAUACGAAAUAAAAAAGGAACUGCAAAUGGUCAUGCUGGUAAAAAUGGCGAUGCAUCUCAAGGUAGACCAAGCUUUGCAAGUUCAAUUGGAAGUACAGUAGAUGAAUGA